AACUAGGCAUUAAACAAAUUUCCAAAACCGUCUUCAAUCCAAAUUUCCUAACUACCCUAAUUCAUUUUCUACUGUUCUUCUUCUACUACUCCGUACUUCAUCUCAAAAUUAAAAGUCAUCAUCAAAUACUUUCUUUCAUCUUUCCAAGCUUUCAUCAAUGGCGACCGUUUCAGCUUGGCCGGACAAUCCACAUCCAAAUCCUAACCCUAAUUCUUCAUCUUCUUCCCCACCUUCAUUCCUCCUUCUUGAUCCAAACCCACAACCGCCGCUACCAUCACCGUCUUCAUCGCCCAUGUCGCAGCAGUCUGAUCACCUUUACUUCGAUACCAAUUCCGACGAACCUGAUUCUCUCUCUCCUCCUUCUUCUCUCCCCCCUAUCCGCACUUCUGUACCUGAAAACACUAACCCUAUUCCUAAUUCUAAUUCCCCUAAUUCGCUUUCGUCAUCUCAGCCUCUUACUCUUCUUCAUGUUUCUUUUAAUCAAGAUUUCGGGUGUUUUUCUUCUGGAACUGAUCGAGGGUUUAGAAUCUAUAAUUGCGAUCCGUUUCGUGAGAUUUUCCGGCGGGAUUUUGAUCGAGGCGGGGGGAUAGGGAAGGUAGAAAUGCUGUACCGUUGUAAUAUUCUAGCUUUAGUAGGCGGAGGACCUGAACCUCAGUAUCCUGUUAAUAAGGUCAUGAUUUGGGAUGAUCAUCAAAGUCGGUGUAUUGGGGAACUGUCGUUCCGGUCCGAGGUUCGCGGUGUUCGGCUGCGCCGUGAUCGGAUUGUGGUGGUAUUGGAGCAGAAGGUGUUUGUUUAUAAUUUUGCUGAUUUGAAGCUUUUGCAUCAGAUUGAGACUAGCGCCAAUCCGAAGGGUUUGUGUGAGGUUUCACAAUCGGCCGGGAAAUUGGUGUUGGUCUGUCCUGGCUUGCGGAAGGGGCAAAUUAGGGUUGAACAUUAUGCUUCUAGAAAGACUAAGUUUAUCAUGGCUCAUGAUUCGAGAGUUGCUUGCUUUUCUUUGACACAAGAUGGAGGUCUUUUGGCAACUGCUAGUUCGAAGGGGACGCUUGUGAGGAUCUUUAACACUUUUGAUGGUACAUUGCUGCAGGAGGUAAGAAGAGGUGCAGAUAGAGCAGAGAUAUACAGUUUGGCCUUCUCUACAACUGCUCAAUGGUUAGCUGUUUCAAGUGACAAGGGUACUGUACACGUAUUCGGCUUGAAAGUUAAUUCAGGCUCCCUAGUCAAUGAAAAUCUAAGUCCUCCUCCUGAAAGCAAUGCUGCUGGCGCACCAGUUGGUUCAUCUCUUUCGUUUAUAAAAGGAGUGUUACCUAGGUACUUCAAUUCAGAAUGGUCGGUUGCUCAAUUCCGUUUGCUUGAAGGGAACCAAUAUAUUGUUGCAUUUGGGCAUCAAAAGAAUACAGUGGUAAUUCUUGGCAUGGAUGGAAGCUUCUACCGCUGCAAGUUUGAUCCUGUAAAGGGUGGAGAGAUGAUCCAAUUGGAAUAUAACAACUUUCUGAAGCCAGAAGAACCUUUCUAACAAAAUGCAGCAAUUCCCUUUGACUUGUCCCCCCCUUGAAUGUAUAUUGUUUUAUCAAUUUGUUUCACCAUUUUGCCUACCUCUGUAUCUAUAAAGCUUUCAGAGGUAUACACUACGCACGGUUAUGUUGUAAAUAUUGGAUUAUGGAUCUUUGUAACUGAAUGUACUUAAUCGAUAACAUGUAAUAUCUGAAGAUGCUUACGUAAAAUCCUUGCUGUCUUGCUA